UGUUUCUAGGAGGAGCUCACUGGAUUUUUCCCGGAGAAAAUGUCAGUUUUAACCAUGGAAGCCCAGUGUCUUGAUGAAAGGGGGAGCUUUUUUAAGCUGAUUGACACAAUCGCAUCGGAAAUCGGAGAACUGAAACAAGAAAUGGUACAGACGGAUCUGGUGCGGGAAGAUGGGCCCACCAGUAUACAAAGCCUGGAGAAAGACAUGAGCGAUUUGUGUCCAGAUCAGAAAGAUUUUAAAAGCCUCCCGCGAGAUUCUGGAUACGACAGCCCCCCCAAUAAGCUCAGCAUACUCGACAAACUUCUUCACACGCACCCGGUUUGGUUACAGCUCGGCUUGAAUGAUGCUGAAGCAGCAGAAGUCCUGCAGGCCCAGCCUCCGGGAACCUUCCUAGUUAGGAAGUCCACAAGAAUGCAAAAGAAGGUCUUAUCUCUGCAUCUACCAACUGCUGACUUUGGUUCAUGUCUCAAGGAAUUUGCAAUAAAAGAGAGCACAUAUACCUUUUCCUUGGAAGGAUCUGGAAUAAGUUUUGCUGAUUUAUUCAGGCUGAUUGCUUUCUACUGUAUUAGCAGGGACGUCUUGCCGUUCACUUUGAAGCUGCCCCAGGCGAUCGCUGCGGCGACAACAGAGGCCGAGCUUGAAGAGGUGGCUCAGCAGGGACUGAGUUUUUGGAGCUCUCCGGCUAAUGACAGACUGCAAAAUCCUUCGCCCCUCCAGAAGCCCCUGCCUCCAGACUGCGUUUCCAAAGGCUCCCAGCAGCUCUGCCUCAUAAAUGGAGUUCAUUCUAUAAGGACCAGAACGCCUUCGGAGCUGGAAUGCAGCCAGACCAACGGAGCCUUGUGUUUUAUUAAUCCUCUCUUCUUGAAAGUACACAGCCAAGAUGUCGGUGGAAAUCUGAAAAGGGCCUGCCUAAGAACUCAAGACCUGAAUGGCCCGGAGAGGUCUCGCUCCCCCCCACCCCGGCCUCCCCCACCUUCUAUUCAUAGCCUCCUCGCGAGCCCUCAGCUGUCCAGGACUAUAAACCAGGCAAGCUUGCCAGAAACGGAUGGUCGCAACAAACACUGGAGCUUGAAUCUGCUGCAGAAGAGGCCAACCCCUAUUCCACCACCUCGCCUGAAGAAGAAGGCGCUCUCUUUAGAAGCGGAGAGCAGUGCCAAAAGCUCGGGAGGAACUCAGCCAAGCCCUAACUCAGCGCCCGGGCCAGAAACUGCUGGCGUUCCAGGUGGAGCCCCGCCUCAGCAAAAUUUAGCAGGCGGCAGAAAGAGCUUGGUUGCAUGCUCUGAGUCACAAGUUCAGUGCAAUGGAGGGAGGCAGCGGCUGAGCGACAUGAGUCUUUCCACCUCUUCCUCCGACUCGCUGGAUUUUGACCGGAGCAUGCCGCUCUUCGCCUACGAUGGGGAUACCAACAGCAGCUUGGAAGAGUACGAAGGGGAGAGCGACCAGGAGAGCAUGGCGCCGCCCUUGAAGUCCAAGAAGAAAAGGAGCAGCUCGUUUGUGCUCCCCAAAAUUGUCAAAUCCCAGCUGCGGAAAAUGAGUGGGGUUUUCAGCUCCUUCAUGACCCCAGAGAAGAGGAUGAUCAAGAGAAUAGCGGAAAUGUCUCGAGACAAGCGCACCUAUUUUGGCUGCCUGGUGCAGGACUACGUGAGCUUUUUGCAGGAGAACAAAGAAUGCCACGUUUCCAGCACGGACCUGCUUCAGACGAUCCGGCAGUUUAUGACCCAAGUCAAAAGCUACUUGUCCCAGAGCUCUGAGCUGGAUCCUCCCAUUGAAUCACUGAUCCCAGAAGACCAAAUCGAUGUGGUGCUGGAGAAGGCCAUGCACAAGAGCAUCUUGAAGCCCCUCAAAGGCCACAUUGAGGCAAUGCUGAAAGAGUUCCACAUGGCCGAUGGCUCUUGGAAGCAGUUGAAAGAGAACCUUCAGCUGGUCCGGCAGAGGAAUCCUCAGGAGCUGGGAGUAUUCGUCCCCACACCAGACUUUGUGGACGUUGAGAAGAUUAAAGUCAAGUUCAUGACCAUGCAGAAAAUGUAUUCGCCUGAAAAGAAAGUUAUGCUGUUGCUGAGAGUCUGCAAACUGAUUUACACUGUGAUGGAGAACAAUUCAGGGAGAAUGUAUGGAGCAGAUGACUUCUUGCCAGUGCUGACCUAUGUCGUGGCUCAGUGCGACAUGCUGGAGCUGGAUGCUGAAAUAGAGUACAUGAUGGAGCUGCUGGACCCGUCCCUGCUGCAUGGAGAAGGGGGUUACUACUUGACAAGUGCUUACGGAGCCCUUUCUUUAAUUAAGAACUUCCAAGAAGAACAAGCAGCCCGACUAUUGUGUUCAGAAGCCCGAAAUACACUUCGGCAAUGGCACAAGCGGAGGACAACAAACAGAACAAUCCCAUCGGUCGAUGACUUUCAGAACUAUCUUCGAGUUGCAUUCCAGGAAGUAACUAGCGGCUGCACAGGGAAAACCUUGCUAGUGAGACCAUAUAUUACUACAGAGGACGUGUGUCAGCUCUGUGCCAAGAAGUUCAAAGUGGACAAUCCUGAUGACUACAGCCUCUUUCUUUUCAUCGACGACACCUGGCAGCGACUGACUGAGGACACCUAUCCUCAAAAAAUUAAAGCCGAACUGCACAGUCGGCCACAGCCCCAAGUCUUCCAUUUUGUCUAUAAGCGCAUCAACAGUGACCCAUAUGGGGCUGUUUUUCAGAACGACAACAGCAACCACGUGUCAUAAAGCUGA